GUGUCCGUGGGAAAUGAGGCGCCGGUUCUGUUGUGUGGAGCGUGUUAAGGGGCGGGGUCUGUCGUGUACUGGAGGGUAUUAAGGGACGGGGUCUAUUAUGUCUUGUGGUUUAGGGGCAGGGUCUGUUGUUUGUGGAUUUCUGAAGAAGGGUCUAGGCCCGAAACAGCAGCCUUCCUGCACCUCUGCUGCUUGGCCUGCUGUGUUCAUCCAGCUCUACACCUUGUCGGCUCUGCUGUUUGUGGGUUGUUCUGUGGGAUGCUACAAGAAACACAAAGAUGAUUGUAAACCCCAAAAGUCUGGUUCAGUUUCAACAAUUUCAGAGCUUUCGCCACCAUUUAAGAAACCUAUACAGCAAGACAACAAUGGACACUACUCCUGCACAAAUGAAAUCUUGGAUGAUGAUGAUGAAGAAUCUGAUCGGGUACCACUGGAGAAACUGAGACAAUUGGGAUCAGAGAAGUUGAAGGGUCUGCUUUGCAAUCCACAUCUUAAACAGUUGCUGUUGACAGUAGACAAGGCGGAGGAUAAAGAAAGCAUCAUGAAGACAGCUAUGCAAGAACCAAUUUUUGUGGAGUUUGCAGAUCAGUGUUUACAAAUAGUUGAACCCCCAGAGAAAAAUGAAACUGCUGCCUCCUAGUAUAAACUGUCCAACCUUUGAGAAAAUACUUUUGUAAUUACUAUUUUAAGAUGUAAGUUUUUCCAUUGAAUUGAAAAAGUGUCUUAAUUUUUUUUAAGCUGUGUUCUUUAAGAAAAACAAACAAUCCAAUAUUGGUACCUAACCAGUGACUUGAAACAAAUUCUUAUUUUUAUAUACCAUUACCAAAUAAAAUACAAUCCAAUUUUCUUGACUCCUUGUACAGGUUUUAAAAAUCUGUUGCUACAUUUCACUUUUAUUUUGCUUCCUUUUAGUUGUUUUUUUUUUCGCCCCCGCAAUCUCUGAUUUGGCUUCCAAGCUUUAUGUACAUAGCUUUAUACUUACAUGUAAUAUGAAAAUAAGUGAACUACCAUCUGCAUGUCAGAAUAUUCCUAAAGUCAAUUUGUAACUAUUUCCUUUUGAAAAAGAGAUUAAAGUACUUUGAAGACCAUUUGACAAAUUACUAAAACACUUGCCAUGCUUCCUUGCUUUGUAUGCUGAAUAAGCUACUGAAAUGUAACCAGGCAUUUCAUUUAUUUUGUGGGUUGUAACUCAUUCAAACCUUCAAUAAUGAAUGUAUCCUGUACUGUCUAAACAAGGAUUAAGUCCUCCUAUGUGAGAUUUUGAUCUACUAGGGUUCUUGGAGGUGAUGGCCUAGUAGUAGCAUGAAAUUGUGAUAAGAGCUUGCAUAAAUUGUAAUCACUGGUUUAAAUCUAGACAAAUGUGAAUGAUUUCAACUUCAUAAGUACUGAUCGCAUGAUUAAGUUUCGAGAAACUAGAAGUGCUGAUGAAGAAACUGGGGUGUUGCAGUUAUGAGUUCAUUCUCACUUUUGAAAUCAAUUAAGCUUCAUUUUACACAAUCAGGUUUUACUAUAUAAAACUACAGAAUUGGAAGGAUAGAAGCCACUUUAAGGAUCAAAAUGUUGACAGAUAAUACAACGGUGGAUAAGUUAGAUUACCACUCCAUAGAAAAUGCAUGAAAAAAUAAGCAUGAUGUCCAAAAGCCUUCCCUAAUCUAAUUAAAAAUCACAAACAUCA